CACACCGACAUUCUAAUGUAAAAACAAAAAGAAGAUUAAUUUAAUUAAAGACCAGGCUGUAUGGGCAUUGUUCCCUUUGCCUUCCCUAAAACGGGAGAACUUCAACAAAAAAAAACAACAAUUUGGAGGUUAUGCCAUGCAUGAUGCAUUUAGGUUUUUCAAUUUUCUUUUAUAAUGGAAUAUGAGUCUUCUGAGUUUUAAUGAAUGUGUAAAAAAAAAGAACAGUGUUAAUGUGAAGAUAAAAAGGCCAUCGAGAACCGCAUGCCAUAAAAUAAGAAAAAGAAGUAAUCCUAUUAAACUAUCUACGUGAAUUACCUGCUGAAUCGAUGUACAAUGGAUUUAUUUGUCAUCAAUAGAUAUAGAGAAACUCCUGAUGAGCAGGAUGCUACAAACCGGGAAGCUAUACACCUAGAAAAAUUGAAGAAAAAAAUUGAUGAAAGGAAAAAAGCAAACUUAAACAUAAGGAAAUCUGAUGUUGGUGCAGAACCUGAUGAAAUACCAUUCAAUGACAUUGAUAAUUAUGAUUUAGAGAAUAAUAAAAUUGAAAAUAAUGAGACUGAUCCUGUUGUAAACAUAAUUUCUGACGAGACAAAAUUAAAGCCUAUGAGACAAGUACAUCAAGAAUUUAAAGUUCUAGGUGGAAAUGAAUUUAAGAAAAAUCCUAAAGUGCAAAGAAUACUGCCAUACUGGUUAUCACAUCCAUACAGUAUAUCAAGGGAUUUGCAGACUCAAUUGAUUCCAUUAGAAGACCAAAUUUAUUUACAUAACACACUUAAAUCAAUAUUAAGUAGUGAAGGAAUAACACAUUUAUUCCCUGUACAAGCUCAAGUGAUCCCUUUUAUCCUUGAAGAACACAAAUUUCCCAACUGUUUAUGGAGACAUGAUAUAUGUGUAUCAGCACCAACUGGGAGUGGAAAAACUCUAUCCUUUGUAUUACCUAUAGUACAAUUACUAAUGAAGGAAACUGGUCAUCAUAUAAGAGCAAUGGUAGUCCUACCUGUGCAAGAGUUAGCAGCACAAAUUGCUAAAGUAUUUAGGAAGUAUUGCAGUCGGACUGGACUUAAGGUGGCUUUGUUAAGUGGAUCUACUACCUUACAUCAAGAACAGCAACAGAUUGUUCGGCACAUCAUUGAUGAAGCUGACAGAAUUAUGGAACACAUUCAGAAUGACUGGUUGUAUCAUAUGGAUAAACAUAUAAAACUGGAGAAUGAAGUUAUGACAGGCAAGGUACCCAGUUUGAAUUGGGACACAGUUUGUCAGCAAAAAUCUUUACCUCAUAAGUUACUUUUUUCUGCAACUUUAUCUCAAGAUCCAGAGAAAUUAGAGCAAUGGGGUUUAUUUCAGCCAAAACUAUUUUCAACAGCACCAAAAGACAUGUAUGAAGAUGAUGAUCAUAUUAGAAAAUAUACCACACCUGCUGAAUUGCAAGAGCAAUUUGUGGCAUGUGAAACCGAACAUAAACCUCUAGUUCUCUAUCAUUUCUUGGUAAACCAGAAGUGGGACAAGGUGCUAUGUUUUACUAAUGCAGCUCAAACUGCUCAUAGACUUACAAUUCUCCUCAAUACAUGGGCAAAAGGAAAUAUAAAAGUUGCUGAAUUGUCAGCUGCCUUAGACAAAAACAAAAGAGAUGCAGUUUUAAAAAGAUUCACUCAGUCUGAAGUUAAUGUUCUAAUUGGCACUGAUGCUUUGGCUAGAGGAAUUGAUAUACCUGAUUGUAAUUAUGUUAUAUCAUAUGACCCACCUAGGAAUAUAAAAACAUACAUACAUAGAGUUGGCAGAACUGGUCGAGCAGGACGUUCAGGAUGUGCUCUUACUGUUCUCCAACAUAACCAAAUAAAUAUGUUCAAGGUAAGCACUUCUCUUCUGUACAUUGGAAGAUCCCAUUAACCAUAACAAACGCGUCACUUAAAAUAAUAUCGGACUAUGUUCAGCAUGAAUCCAUACGUGGUCUUAAUUAAUACUCCUGUGUCAAGGAGAUGUGACAUUUUAAAAUGCGCGCCAAUCGCAAGGUUUUAGAAAAAAAUAUUUUUUGGAGGCGAUAAGAUAAAGACUGCUCUUCGACAUUAGGUCUAUUGGUAGACCGCUUAAACGGGGAGAGUCACCCGGAUCCCACGAAACCCGUUCCGGCAGGCGAGGAAGCACUGUUGGGUUUUUAGUGGGUAGGCCCCCCUCAUCCCGAGCAGCCGCUGAGCCAGUUUGGCUGAGCGGGUGGGCGUUAUUUGGGAGAGGAGGAGUCCCACAACCUCGUCUCUCACCCAGGGGCGGGUUAUGCGACACGCAUUUUCUCAACAAUGAAAAUAAAGUGAGUCCUCGCCUGCGGGGUAAAGGGUUUAGGUGAGUAUGAGAACGAGGACCGUGAGAGGUGCGGGAGGCAGGCAUAGACAAGUGCUCGCCGCCCGCAGCUCUCACGGUCCCCGUUCUCGUCCUCCCACACAUCCUUUACUCCCCGCAGGAGAGGACACAGUUUAGCGGUUUACAUGUAGUUCUGAAUGUGGUGUGUGCAGAACAUAAUAAUAAUGCAUUUGGAACAAAGUUAGGUUAGGUUAGGAUUAUAUUGUAUUAUAUACUUUUUAAACUUAAUCAUGAUAAAUAGGUACUGAGCUGCCAAAAUGUAAACAAUCUUUUUGGUCUUUGUGUAGCUUAGGGCUUGCCUUAAGCGGGAGCACGUAGCGGGCGUCCGUCGUCAUCCGCUGCAUGCUCCAUCGCGGGACCCGCGAGAGGCGAGUGCCUCUAGCAGCGCCGCCAGUAGAAUUUAGAUGUGCGGGUGAACAGUCGAUAAUGGAUUAUUUUUGUUGAGAAUACUACUCAGUUAAAGGAGAACGCAGACGAAGGCACAGAAGAUAGCCAAUGGAGAGUGCACUGUCGCCCGCGCCGCCUGUGGCGGAUCUAUGAAACAAACACGCCCGCUCCGCACCCCUCUUAACGCAGCUCACGCUCUACAUCAUAGAUGACUGUUGUCGAUUCUGACAUGAUUUUCUAAACUAAAAACUAAAUUAGAAAUCAGUCUUUCCUUUGCAUUCUGUAUAGA